AGUGCGAAAGAGAAAAAUAUGUGAAUGAAUUGCUUCGUUUCAGUCGCUCCUUUGCCAUGGGGACUUGUUUCAAACGUCACUAGCCAACAUGAAGAUUCUACGUCCGUAAACAUCGACUCAGUAGUUAAAAAGAAGAAAAUUACUGACAAUACUGUAUCAGAAACUGAACUGUGUGAACAACAUGAUGUACAUACUAAAGUAGAAUGCGAAAGUUCCAAAACGUUAACUGAUAAAACUCAAACUAAUGAUGUAGAAAUUUUCUCUUUCAAGUUAUGCCCGUACAAAAAUCUACGCAAAGAUAAUUUAACGACGCACAUGGCAACUCACACUUUCGCUUGUACGGUAUGCAGAAAAAAGUAUUCAAGAAAAGACGUUCUGGUGAAGCAUAUGAAAACGCACACGGGUGUAAAACCAUAUUCAUGUGCACUAUGCGACUAUAAAACUACAUUCAAGAAUACCCUUGUAGAGCAUAUGACAGUGCACUCCGGUGAAAAACCGUUCUCCUGUGUGUUCUGUGAAUCUAAAUUUAAAAGAAAAUGUAGUUUAGUCAGGCAUAUUAAAACUCACACCGGUGAAAAAUCUUUCUCUUGCGAGCAAUGCAAUCACAAAAGCGCACGACGCAGUGGCCUAAUACUGCACAUGCUAGGUCACACGGGUGAAAAACCACACGAAUGCAAGGUCUGCGGCUUUAAAUUCGCGAGAAAGGACAAUCUGGUGAUGCACAUAAAAACGCACACCGGUGAAAAAGACUUCGCUUGUGAUUUCUGCGACUACAAAUGCUUGCGGAAAAAAACUAUAGUGGACCACAUAAGAACUCAUACCGGUGAAAAGCCGUUUCGCUGUAAACUAUGCGGCUACAAGUGUAUAAAUAAGAAUUAUUUGAUGAGGCACAUGAAAACGCACAGCGGUGAACGACCAUUUUCUUGUGGGUUGUGCCAAUGCAAAUUCGCACGGAACAAGUGUUUGGUUGGACACAUGAAAAUUGUACAUAAAAUAAAGAACUACACUACCACCUUCAUCUAGUGGUAAAUUAUAAAUAGGGACUUCGUCUG